AUAUACGAAAUUGUAUUUUUAUCUCUGCUUUAAUGGGGAUGUUAUAGGAUAUUUUAGACAUUUUACAUAUAUAUAUACAAGUCUAUGACUUGGCCAACCUUUGACUCGGUUGGUUGAAAUCAUCGGGUCUUGGCCUGACUGUGCUCAAUCGAGGUUUCCGGCCGGCCUUUGAUGUCUUCAGGUCGACAAUAUUUGACUCGAUCGGCUUGGCUUUGUAGGUUGGCUAUUCUAGUCUGGAUACUAACUAUUGAUUACUGGAUAAGACUAUCGGGUUGAAGGCGAAUCACUGUAAUAUGAUAGAUAGCUCUUUCCUUGAUGGGUAAAUUAAUCUUCUAGGAUAUUCAUGGGUUAUAUAUGUUAUUGCCAAUUCUUAGCCCCUGAUGAGAAAUCUUAGAGCAGUCCAUGAGAUUUCUAGCGAUAUUGAACUAUUCUCUUGAGUCUGGUUGUGGCGAUAAGCAGAUUGAUGCCUUUGCUCGGCUUGAUUAGCCAUUGUCCUUGAUUUGGAUGGCCAACACCUAGUUAGCCUCCAACCCUGAUAUAGGGUGUUACAUCUGGUCAAAUUACAAUACAAUAUUAUAAUCUUGAUCAGCCCAUAUAUGUAAGCGCUUAUCUCUUCUCAAUUGAAUGAAGUAACAAAGCCAAACUCUUGAGGGCGAGGAGAAUAAAGAGUGACACAAAAAAAAAACAAACCAAACAAAGAUGGGAAGAGAGUCUCAAAUUUCUGAUAAGCUGAAAAUUCUCACAGCCGUAUUUUUGCUCCAUCUGUGCUACGCAAGUACUCACAUAGUGUCAAGAGUGGCUCUAAAUAUAGGCAUAAGCAAACUGCUGCUCCUCGUCUACAGAAACAUCAUUGCUGUACUCUUGCUUGCUCCAUUCGCCUAUUUUCUGGAGAAGAAGGACAGGCCGCCACUCACCUUCUCUAUCCUGACUGAGAUAUUUCUUCUCGCGCUUUGUGGAAUUGCAGCUAACCAAGGAUGUUACAUACUGGGCUUGUACUACUUGUCUCCAACCUAUGUAUCAGCAAUACAGAAUUCAACACCUGCCAUCACUUUCGUAAUUGCCGCAGCCUUAAGGGUUGAGAAGCUGAAUAUUAAGGAGAGAUAUGGAAUAGCGAAGGUGUUGGGAACUGUGGUUUGUAUUGGUGGAGCGACAAUCAUAACGCUGUAUAAGGGUCCUCCUCUUCUUCAAGAACAGUCACAUGACCUCACUAAUGUCUACUCCGGCAGGAUAGUGAACUGGACUUUAGGCUGCUGCUAUAUUCUGCUCAACUGCACUGCUUGGUCCGCCUGGAUGGUCUUCCAGGUACCAGUUCUGAGGCAUUACCCGGCAAGGCUCUCGGUGACAACGCUCACAUGCCUUUUUGGAGUGAUACAGUUUAUGAUAGUAGCAGCAUUCAGUGAGAGGGACGUAGAGAGGUGGAAGAUACAUUCAGGACAAGAGCUCCUCUCUGUUCUUUAUGCCGGGCUGGUGGGUUCAGGGAUCACCUUUUCACUUCAGACUUGGUGCAUUGAUAGAGCAGGCCCAUUAUUCGUUGCCGUCUUCCAACCUUCACAAACUGUAUUAGUCGCCCUUCUCUCAGCCAUUAUCCUCGGAGAUCGACUCUACUCUGGAGGGCUUAUAGGAUUCAUCCUAAUAAUGGCGGGGCUUUAUACUGUACUGUGGGGGAAGAACGAGGAGGUUAAAGCUGGAAGAUUGGAGUCGGAGGAGCUCACUGACAGCCUGCUUGAGUAACAAUAAGUCACUCAGAAAACCAAAACCAGCAACAUAUUUUUUCUGACAUUUUGAGAUAAUAAUAUUUUGAUAUUUUAAUUUAAGCACCCCAUUAUUGUACUUUGUUAUACAUUGCUUCAUGUUUUAAAAAUGAUGUAAAGUUGUUGGUGGUCCGUAGAAGAACAAGUUAAGUUUGG